AUGAGGACCUCCAAGAGCGCCGCGGCGCCCCCGGCGUCCCUGACGAGCCCGAAGUCCUGCGCCACCAAGCGGCAGCGGAAGGCGGCAGCAGCGGCGCCGCUGGGCGACGUCACCAACCUCCUCGUCGUCGCUGAGACCCCGACCACGAGCAAGCCCAGGAGGACCGCACGCCGGUCCCUCCCCGCGCCCUCCAACGUCUCCGCGGCCUCCUCCGCCUCCGUCACGCCCGCGCCCAAGCCUUCCUCCGCCGCCGUCCUCGAGGAGGAGCGUAGUGUGCUCAAAUCGCCGACCAUCUCCACAGUUCACCGCAGGACCACCGAGGCUCAAGGGAGGUGGAGGAGGAACCCCACCGCCGCCAACAGCAAGGGCAAGGAACCUGUCGCUGCCACGGCGAGGUGCCCCCCUCUUGGGAAAUCUGCAAGGACCAACAGCAGUGGCCAUAACUUCCAACUCUCUAAUUGCUUGCCAUUUCUGAAACAGAAGUGGUCCAUUGCAAGCACACCCAACUUACUCCUUUUGGAGAAGCAGAGAGUAUACUUCGCGGAUAUCGAGGCCUUUGAGCUGGUAGAGGAAGAGGCGUCCGAAUCCGAGCUGGAGUAA